AGAUUACAUAAUUGUCAUUCGUCUCACGUUCACUUUUGAAUAUAACACGGCGAAUGCUCUGUAUAACAUUGAAUACAUGUUAAAGCAAAUGGUGAUUUUCUAGCUAACUGGUAUAUCUAUUUUUACGGUGGGCAACAUGUCAGGGGUUAGUAGAAGAUUACCAAAUGUUAUCCGAGCAUGCCGCGGCUUAGUAAGGGCCAUGCCAGUUAAGCGGGCACUUUGGAAGGAUGUGCAACAUGGACUCGAUCCCAAAUUUUCUCCACUUAGUUUACCCGUCAGAGGAGUAAAACAUCGAGCGAUACAGUUCAAAAAGGCUCCAUUGGACUACCCGCCGGUGACUGGGUCUGAUCACUGGAGACGGAAGUUACGUACGACGUUCAGAUGUUUCGACACAAACGGUGACGGCUACGUUUCAAAAGAAGACUUCGUGAUAAGUGCGAAACGCUGUGCCCAGUAUUUGGGCCUUAACGAUGAAAGAACACAGUGUGUUCUCAACCAACGCACUCGAAUCUGGGGAAUUAUUCCUAAGGGCGCAGAUGCUUCUAAAAUAUCAGAGGACGACUACGUUAAUGGUGGACUAACGGUGUUUAACCAACACAGCUUCCGACAGGAGUUUCUCCCCAUGGUGAUAACUGAGGAUUUUAAUGCCAUGGACAUUGAUGGAGAUGGAAUCAUUUCCCAUGAAGAGCACAAGGCUUUUUUCUACAGCUUAAACAUCCCCGUGGAAAUGUCGAAGAAAAUAUUUGACGUUAUGGACAUCGACAAAGAUGGCUUGAUAACCAUUGACGAAUUUGCACAUGCCAUGACGGAAUUCUUGUUAACCGAGGACCAAGAUAACGCAUAUAGCGGUUUUUUUGGUCCACUGGCUGAUUAACAAAAUAUUAAGCGAGCAGGCAUGUCAAAUUAUAACCACUCAGCCUGAAUUCCCCCCUAACCAAGGCCACAAACAAUGUAUACAAAUGGGUUUUCGAUCCAUUUGCUGAUUAAAGCAACUGCUACUCCUUUGAUAAACGAUUUACGAUGCAGUCUUCAUAUUAAACCUUUUUAAACAGAAAUGUGUUGUAUGAAAAGUGUUUUUAUUGAUAAUCAACAGACUGGCUUGCAAUGUUGACCUUGCAAUGUUGGCCUUGCGUGCUGUUUUAAAGUAUUAUUAUUAUUAUUAUUAUUAUUAGUAGUAGUAGUAGUAGUAGUAGUAGUAAUACAUGUAGUAGUACUAAAAUGGAAGGAGGGACACGUUUGCUUCCUUAUUAUUCAAUGACAUGUCUUGGAUUGAUGUGCCAUGCAAAGAAAGAAAAAAAUACAAUAAACCUUAUCACAAUCAUCAUAUUAAUUAUAAUACACAGUCAAUGACU